UUGUCAUUUGUCAAUCCCAUUCAAAACUUUUUGUAAACAGAAAUUACCAGACCUCAAUAAUAUAAUACCACAAGAUGAGUAAGUACUUUAACACGGAGAUCCUGAGGACACUGGCGGCCCAGGCGCCGGUCGAUGACAUGGAUCCCUCCAAUGAUCGCUUUGCAGCCAUGGAUCCAGCUGGUCAGUACCUACUGUAUGUCUCCUCGGAUCCUCAGAAGGCUCUGAAUCCGCGUAAUGUGAAGAAGACCCUGCGGCAUCUGUUCCGAGAGAAGGACAAGCCGCAUGGUUGCGUUGUGAAAAUCCGAGAGGAAAAGGUACAAGAGGAGGAGCUGAGGGAUAACGAGCAGAAGUCUCUGGCAAAGGAGGUUCCCAAGAUUGCGCACACGGAAAGAACCGAUCAUCCCGUGAGGCAAGGCGUAAGGAUUAGGUGCAGCCAUAACUGUAGGAAAUCUUGGCGGGCUGUGGCGGUCGGCUUUCCAGAGGAUGAUUUCAUGGAGGACACCGAUGAACCCACCUCGACCGUCACCGCUAAUAAAGAAGAACGCGCCACGGGCGGCCAUAACAUCACCUAUGAUCCCAAGCUCUUCAUGGAAGAAUCUAGGUCCUCCUGUUUGGACAAGAGCAAAACUUAUGUGAGGCUACUCCACUGGAACCCCAAACCCAUUAAAUCCUCUUGCACCAACCAGGACUUUAAAAGAUUUCCGAGCAGGAAAACGUUCGCCUCCAAGGACGACUGCAUCGAGGCCAGCGAUGACAAUACAGAGAUGCUGGAGAAGCAAGAGGAACACCAAGAAGAACCCCUAGGAGAACAUCAAGGGGAACCGCAAGUAGAACUCCAAGUGGAUUACCAGGAGAGGCAAGUGGAGCACGAUAAGCACCAGAAGACCAGCCAGGUGAAGCCAAUAGAGGAGUCCCAGCCGGAGGAGGAAAAACCUCUUAGCGAAAUUGAUCAUCUGAAGCGGCUGGAUCAACAGUUGGUGCUGUUCUCCAGAUUGGUUAAAAACCAGGACAAUUUGAUGCAGUACCUCGAAGAACUGGGGAAACUGCGCCAACUUCGGGACAAUAAAAACAGAUCAUAUUGCAACUACAGCUGGAUAUCAGAGGACAGCGACGACGCGGAUGUGGACUGGCUAAGCCGGAAUCCGUUCACCAGUGCCCACGGGAUUCCUAAGCCCUGCGUUCAGGAAGUUAAAAAGGAUUCUCCUAACUCCGUGGAACAAUUCCGCUGUGCUCUGCGCUGUUUCCUACGUUCCAUCGUUCAGUUUUUCUCCACCGACCAGGAGGAACCUCCACUUUCCGGCGGGCCCUACGUGGAUCCGGAUAAAUUCGCACCCCUGAUUUUGGGCCCCACUAUCGAUGAGCCAAUGGUGCUCCUGUUGGACCGCCUGAUGCUGGCAAUCAAAUGGAUAAUGAAAACGGAGGAGGAGCUAAUAUUAGACAAUCAAGCGGAACAGGUGCGCGAGGAGGGUGGCAUGGUAGUGAAGAUGCCGCCGGAAACCUCUGCACUGAAGACGGAAACGGAGCAGCAGCCGAGGAAGGUCCCCAGCUCCAGCCGCAUGAUCAACCCGCUCGAAUCGGAGAAGUCGGGCACCGCUCGACCCAUGUACCUGAUCACCCAAAGCAAGGGCCGCCGGUGGUGAUCCCUAACUCCGCUAUCGCCGUCAUUCCUUGUGACCCAAAUUUCAAGUAAAAUCUUUCCACUUACCUUGAA